GUAUUUAGUAAAAGCAGAUGAGAACUUAGUCCAGAAGGGUUACGUCAAGCCCGGUUACUCCUUCUCAAAAAGCAAGUUCAAUACACUGGGAUUCAAACCAGCUCACGGAAACAUGUAUCUUAUCGCCUUCGACCACGAGAAUGAACUCGUCUACGCGUACAAUGAAACUCUUGGACACGUCGAGAUCUAUAUGGAAAAUGGAACGCACGUUGCCACCAAAGCUAAAUUGAACCAGAUAGCUAAAUUGAACCAGACUCUUUUUGUGAUGCGCCUUGAUUUGAAGAAUCACAUCCUGUACUGGCUCGCUAAGGAAAGCGAGACCAGCGUAUUAACAUCAGCGGUUUAUGAAUGUAGGCUGACUGAAGAGAGUUGGAUCGAACCUCUUAACAUCUCAGGCUUUUACUACGAUUUGACCAUCGACAGUGAAGGAAUUGUGUACUUGGUUGGUAAAGGGAUUGUGAGAAUUCGUCGAAUUAAUAACCAGAGCUAUGAAACGGAGCAUAUAAAGGCUGAUAAUAAUCCUCUUACUCAUGCGGACAUUGACGAUAAUGGUCUGUUGUAUUACCAGCGCCUAGAUGGCUCCAUCACAUCGGUAGACACCAAAAGAAACCAACCUACUACUCCAGUGACAUACUACCAAGGGAAGAAUGUUGAUUGCAUCAGAGUAUAUGGUGGCGUCCUGUAUUGGUAUAUACAAGGCGAUGGAAUCAUUUACACCAAAUCAUUGGAUAAGUCCACAAAUGAUGGACAAAUGGAGCUAACCCCGGGAGAGUAUAUCGUAUUUUAUAUAAUACCUGUGUCUUGAAUGUCCUUUAAGCAGGCUAAACAAAAGAAAGGUAAAUUCCAACGGCAUUUGAAAGAUAAUACUAAUUAAUAACUUCCCUUGAAACAAAAGGGUUUGGUGGGAAAAUAACGACAGUCAGUUGUCGAAUCGAAUUUAGUGAUUGCGGUCGUUUAAUCAAAUAGUCUGAUUUUCAGACCCUUGUACCGAAUGGUCGUACAUUUCGUGCUGUGCAAAGAAUCAAUCAGUUUAAUGUUGGCCAUUACAUGAAGUGGGUUAUUGAUGUAGACAAUGCUCAUGUAUAACCUUUAAAGCUCACUUUAUGUUUGUUAUUACCAAAGAAAAAAACAAGUCAGUCAGUCACCAGG